AUGACGCUGCUCUCGACCCCUCAAGCGUUCGAAGAUGUGUUCAAGAACCAGUUUGACAACUUUCCCAAAGGACCGAAGAAGGCAGAGUAUCUGCGUGAACUGCUGGGAGAAGGAAUCUUCGCAGUGGAUUACGAAAAAUGGCACCGUCAGCGUAAAACAGCGAGCAACUUGUUCACUAUGAGAGCUCUGAGAGAUUCCAUGACGAGUACGAUUCAGCGUCAUUUGGUUGUCUUGGAGCGGAUCUUCCAUCGGGCAGCGGAGACCAAUAAGACGGUGGAUAUGUUUCGGCUUCUGAAUCGCUUCACUAUGGAGGCGUUCACGGAGAUCGGCUUUGGGGUGCACAUGAAUUGUCUGGAUGCCGCCGAGGAGCACCCGUUCCAGACGGCAUUCGAUCGCAGUCAGCAGUUGUUUGUACUGCGCUUCGUCAGACCAGGUUGGUUCUGGAAACUUCAACGUUUCCUUGGCAUUGGAGCCGAGGGUCAAGUGAAAAAGGACAUGGACGUGAUCAACUCGACUAUCUUCGACAUCGUAACCCAGACACUCGAACACCGUGCCAAGGGAACACAAGAUGAUGAAGGAGGAGGCAAAGACAUUGUGUCCCUGUUCCUGGAUGACCUGAACAAAUCGGGUGACGCAGAGUGUUUUGAAACGCGUUUCGUACUUCCAAGCUUUUAA